AUGGAGACCAACUGCAUUAGAAAUCCUGCAGCGGUCCUCAGUGGGUCACCUGGUGACCCGACUCAGAUGGUCACACCUGUUCCGCGCCCUCAUCCUCACCAGUCAGACAGUCUGCUGGAUGGUGAGAAGACGGGAGCUGCUCUGCUGUUCUCUGGAGCAUUGCUGGCUCUGGUUGGUAUCACCUUCACCGCCAUGGGCUGGCAACAAUACCAAGCCGACUUCAGCUUUGAGUGGACCAAACUGCUAGGCCCAGUCCUGAUCUCCGUUGGAGGUACGUUCAUGCUCACCAGUAUCUGCAAGUUUGGCAUCGUGUCCUGCUGGCCCCGCAGACACUGGGACGAAGAGGGACUUGUGAUGCCUGUGACGGAGCAGACCUCAAGGGGACUUUCUUGUUCGUUAAGUGGCUUAAACCAACCAGUCGUGUUACACAGUACUACGACCAUGCGAUGCAUUCCACCUGCCUAUAACUUCAUAACCCAGGAAGUACGCCAGGCCAUUGACUUCCUACCUGGCUGCUCUGUGAAUGGCUCCCACGCAGCUCUUCCUCCACAUGACGCUGUUUUCUGUGUGGAUAACACAGCUUUGACAGCAGAAGAAGACGGCAUAGCUCACAGCAGAGAAACAGAUGGCACAAGAAGCAGAUUUGAGAAGACAGAGGAUGAAGCAGGACGUGGUGACGAGAGCUGCUCUACCUGUUCACGUCCACCUGCUUAUGAAGACAUCUUCCCUUCCUUUGGGUCUUGA